AUGGAGAAAAUCAUCUACGAGUUCUACUCUGAUCUCUUCGACCUUCAUGUCGACUUGUCUCUUCACCGUCUGAGGGAAGACGGAUAUGUCAUUCUAGAGGUUCUCCUGUCCGAAGUACGGCAUGUCGGUAAGAGAGCGUACGGCACGCAGUCUGGACAGAUUAAGACCAGAACAGCUGAGGAACAUUCCGCCUCAGUACUCACCAACACCGUGGGCGACACUCUUUACACGUUAUCUGUCGGAAUGCAAGGUUCCUAA